CUGGUCUUCUCCUUGUUCUCGUCAUCUCUGCAAGUGUCUCCUAUUGUUCACUGUUUCAAAAGCAGUAAAAAUUUACUAGUGCCUCUUCUUCCACCUUUUUCUUCUUUCUCCGUCCUGGCGAAAACAGAAGCUUGCUCCGAAGCGAUGAGCGGCUUUUCCCCAGAGGAAGGGCAGGAGGGUGCUGCUGCACGGAGUGAAGAGGAGGCCAUCUUAACUGCAUUAGCUGAUGGGAUCGUGGGAACAAGUCCUUUUGAUGCAGCAGACGGCCAGGAUCAAGAUAUGAACGGUGUGGACGGCGCGGGGGGAAAUUUAGAAAUAUGGCAUUGGCAUUCACCAGAAGUCCAUUCUUCCAGAAUGGCUUGACAACAUCUUGGUACGACCUCCUUUUAAUAUUUAUAAGUACUUAAAAUUAUAAAGGGAAUAUAUUGUUCUGAAGAUGGAGAUCAACAUCAAGAUAGAUACUCCCUGAGGAUGGAUUUCUCAUUUCUGGCGCUUACUUCUAAUAGAAGGCGAAAUGCUGAUGGAUGCUGGUGAUAUGGAAUUUUUCGAAGCGUGGCAACAGGAACAGGCACAAAUGGAAAAUAAUGAGCAGCCCCGAGCAGUAGUUUCGCAGCAGCAAGAUGACGAGGAGAAUGCUGAUCAUCCUGACCAGAUCAACGGUAGUGAGGAGGACCCUUCAGCGGAUUUUUUUUGCGACAUUGGAGCGCCGGAUAGUUCCUCAUUGUUUGAGGGAGGUACGACCGAAGAUGUUCCUGCGGAUGGCAGUGGCGACAUUGGUUAUGGUCAACAUUUUGAUUAGAUCGUGUCCAUCUUUCUCGGCAUCUUGGUCCUCUUUAUUUGUUUCCCUGUAUUAUUUCUUUAUUAAUGAAAUUGUUUCCCUGUAUUAUUCCUAUAAUGAAAUGAUACAAGGGUUGCAAGAUAGGGGUGGUCAAGAUGAGGGGACCAGGAUGCAAUCUAGCAGACUCUAAAUUGGGAUGCAACAGGAAGGAGAGGAGAACAAUGGGAGCAUAGGGAACAUCUUUGGAGGAGAGCAACAGGACCAGGAACUUCAACAUAUUACAGGAUUAGAUGAGCAGAAUACAACUACUGUGCUUGGCGCCGAAGCCGAACAGCAAGUAGCACGAGGACUAGAACAAGGACUAGAUCAUGACAAUGCUCCUGGACUAGAUCACCACAAUGAAGAUGUACUAGAUGAUCUUAAUAUGCAAGAACUAGGAGUACAACAACAACGACAAGUAGAACAACAACAACAACAACAAGACCCAGACCCAAAUGAAAACAAGAAUGUUGGCCUUUCAUCCUCUAGUACUCUGGAGGACUUAGUUCAGACUGUUGACAUGUUUUUUCCGCCGGAUGAAGGCUUAAAGGUGCAGCAAACGACUGUGGAGGAACAACUUGAAGC